AUGAACUUCCAGACCUUCACCGGCUCUUCUCGCCGUCCUCGCAACGUUAACCUCAGCGGCCAGCCCAGCAACCCAAACCCCUUCGCCUCGACGUCAUGGAACCGACCUGGCGACCCCAGCAGGACCGUCUUCAAGGCCCAGGCCGACCGCCAGCAGCGACAGCGUGAGAGGGAGAGGCUACAGGCUGCGAGGACCAUACAGCGGGUGUACCGGGGUAGUGUGGCGAGGGCUCAGGCGCGCGAGCUUCAUCGCUCCCGGUUUGACCGGAUAUACGAGUCCCUCCCCGGCACGGGUGAUGCAGCUCUACGCGUACGGAGGGCCUUUCCGGAUCUUGUGACGUCUUUCGAAGUUUCGAACAAGGAUGAUGUGAAGAGGUUGGAUCGACUGUGCGGUGACCUGGAGACGGUUGGAGUGGCGUCGCUUUCGAACCUGUCUUCGUCUCAUGUCGCUCGAUUCUUUGGACACCUACUGAGUGCGCUCGAGAAGACGGUACGAGACGAUUCACACUCGGAUAUAUCAUCGAGGCUCAACAUCCUUGCCUCCUUGAUAUCAAUAUUCCCCGCCGCGACACUCAGUGCCGACCAACCCACGAGGUUCUAUACCCUGAUGGCGGGGUUGUCAUCCGAGUCUAAGCUCUCGCCUUCCGAUGCAGCUGCGGUUACAAGAGCCUCGUUGGCUCCUCUGCAGGUGCUGAAGUCCCUACAAGAUUCACCCACCAAGGCCGACCUUAGCACGAACGCCUACCGAUCAUUCAUCUUCUUCUUCCUAUCCGCCCCGAACCUGACCUUGUUCGAAAACGAUUGCCGCGAGUUCCUAGCCUCUCUCGAUAUAGAAUACCUAGCGUCUGCCAUAGCUGCCCAAUCCCGAACACCACCCAUGGGACUGUCAUCUGGCGACGGCCUACUCUGGCUGCUUGCCCAUUUCAUACAACUCUCGUCCACCGCCACCGGAUACCGUACCGAGGUGGUCCUCGCACCUAUUUACCUGCUGCUCUCCAGUCAGGGGAAGGACAUUAGCCAGCGCAUGGGCGCGGGCUCUCCCGAGGAUGCGUUAGAGAACGCAGCAGCGACCGAGGUGAAUACCACACAAGCCCGGCCGCUUCCGGAUUAUAUCAAGACGCAACUGCAGUCUCUGGUCAGCACGGACUCCAUCAAGAAUCUGCUGAACCAGUUGUCCGAACAACGCGAAGCUGUCGAGACUACGAGGACCGUAAACGUCUUGAGUGGUUACCUCCUAACUCUACUGCAAUAUUUCUCCGACCAAAGCGACAACAUCCGCAUGCGUCUCUAUCUGAGCGAUCUCCGCUCUUCAAAGGGUACCGUGCCUGCCGUCAAGUGGUUGUGGGACGCUGCAGCAAGCACGGGCAUCUACCGGCAAGGGCGAACCGACCCCCACGCCCCGGUGCGGAUCCUGAAGAACUACGUAUCCCAGCAGUCGCGGCAAGGCCCAGCGUCCCUCGAUGGCGAUGCGGAAUGGCGAGCCCUUUUGCUCUUCUUGGAUCUCUACAUUUUCGUUUUGAGGCUCGCUGAUGACGACGAUUUCGUCACUGGCAUCACGCCCCAUGCGCACCAGACCUCUCGCAUCCAGACGUGUUGCCUCACCCUUGAGGAUAUCAAGGGACUUACCGUAUUCCUGAAAAGCUUUUCCUUCGCGCUCUACCACGAUAUCAGCUCCAUCGCCCCGUCGUCGACUCUACCUCGAACUAAUACUGAUGCCGUGGAUCGUUCGGGGGCCACCGCUACGACUACUACGAUAUCGAAUCCGCUUGAUCUUGAUGGUGUCAAAAAUCUCAUCACAUCGGCGAUGCAGCUGCUCUACGAACGAGACUCUAGACUUAGGCUCCUUCCCGCUGGUCAUUGGCUGAUGACAUCGAGAUUCAACAUGGGAGGCUUCAUUUCCGACGUUGUAGCAGAGCUGCAACGGCAGCAGGAAGAGGAAGAGCAUUCUGAUAAUGAAGACGACGAAUAUAGCCAUGAACCUAUGGCGAGAUUUUCUUCGCCAAGCCACGCCCGGCAGCACAUGCGGAUCCACCAGCUCCGAGAACUCGAAAAGAAGCAGCGAGAGCGGUACAUGGCCACCAUCGGCCCGAAGCUCGAGAUCCUGAAGCACAUGCCGUUCGCGAUCCCGUUUGAGACGAGGGCGAUGGUAUUCAAACAGUUCAUCCACCUGGAUAAGAUGAGGCGCCGGGGAGGCUUCGUCGACGCUGACCAGUGGCGACUUAGCCUCCGAACUAGCGAGCGCGGGCUUGAUCGCCUCGGCAAGCAUAGCGCUGAUAUCCGCCGUGAACAUGUGCUGGAUGAUGCGUUCAAGCAGUUCUACCCCCUUGCCGAGGGCCUGAAGGAGCCCAUUUACAUUACUUUUUACGACAGAUUCGGGGAGGUCGAGGCUGGUAUCGACGGCGGUGGUGUCACGAAGGAGUUUCUGAUGUCUGCCAUCCAGGAUGCCUUUGCCGAGGACAGCUCGUGGUUCACGCGCAAUGCAGAGGGCCUUUAUUAUCCCAACCCGUCUGCCAUGGAUUGGUUCCGCGAGAAGCGCGCGAGAGCCACUCGAGCAUCGGAGCGCGAAGCGCUCGAGAACGAGAGCAGACGGGUCAUCCAGCAGUACGAGUUCCUGGGUCGCCUGGUGGGCAAGUGCAUCUACGAGGGGAUCCUCAUCGACAUCGCCUUUGCCGGCUUCUUCUUGAUGAAGUGGCGCGCCGCUGCGGAGCUGAACCGCUACCGUGGCACGGUCAACGACCUCCGGGAUCUCGACGAGGAGCUCUACAAGGGCCUCAUGGCGCUGAAGAACGAGCCGGGCGACGUGUCCGGCUGGGACAUGUACUUCACGAUCGACGACGAAGCCUCCUUCGGCGCCUCCAGGGACAAGUUCACCGUGACGCGGAACCUCAUCAAAGACGGCGACGUAACCAAAGUCACCAACGAGAACCGACUCCUCUUCAUCUCCUCCGUCGCCAAGCACCGCCUCGUGAUCCAACCCGCCCUCCAAACCAACGCCUUCCUCCGCGGCCUGCGCUCCAUCAUCGACCCCUCCUGGCUCUCCAUGUUCAACCGCGUCGAGCUGCAGCGCCUCGUAGGCGGCGACUCGCGCGCCAUCGACGUCGAGGACCUCCGACGCAACACCGUCUACGGCGGGCUCUACGUCAUCGGCGACGACGGCAUGGAGCACGAAACCGUGCGGCUCUUCUGGAGGGUCAUGACGAAGUUUUCGGACGAGCAGCGGCGCGAGGUACUGAAGUUCGUUACGUCGACGCCCCGUGCCCCCCUCCUAGGUUUUGCGCAGUUGAGUCCACUGUUUUCGAUACGGGAUGGGGGCUCGGCGGAGGAUAGGUUGCCGAGCGCGAGUACGUGUAUUAAUUUGUUGAAGUUGCCGCUUUAUUCAAGUGAGGAGACUCUAAGGGAGAAGUUGUUGUUGGCUGUUGAGUCGGGGGCCGGGUUCGAUUUGAGUUAG